GAAUGCCCCCCUCCCCGUGCUCCCCUCACGCGUGCCACGGUUUCAAGCUGUGACGCGCGGGAGUCAAUCGCUCGCGGACUUCGAUAGGACGAGCACGCAGGUCCUUGCUCUUCCUCUUCUUCUCUCGUACGCCUCUAUUCAUUCGCGCCUCGUGUUCUACCAAUCUCUUCUCCGUCGAUUCCUCGUCUCUCCCUACGAUCCACUCACGUCUUUCACCCUCCCAGGGAUAGUCCGAUAUCUCAAGGAUAGCGAACGAUUGCAACUGUCGCCAAGUUCCACCGUGAAUUUUUGCGCGAUCGAUCAUCCACAUCGUAAUCGAGGAGAGACAGAGUGGCGCGGGCAAGGAAAAGUCCGCAAGCGGUUAAGGUUGUGCCGGCCGAUGUUCGCGUAUGAAAAAACCCGGUCGCCCGCUACCACCUCUUCCUCCUCUUCUUUCCGGCGUUCGUCUGCUGUCAGGGGUGCAACGUGCCGGCCGAUCUGUGCAUUGUAAACAAAGAGAACAAAGGGCUGACGGCGUCAUCGAAGAAGACGACGACGACGACGAAGACGAGGAAUGAGGACGGGGUGAAAAACCGGCGAGGAAAAGCGGGGAAGGGAAAACGAACGUAAGGAGGAAGGAAAGCGAUCGCGAUAGAGAGUGGGGGGGCCUGACGCGUGCUACUACCGCCCCGUUACUUCCAGCGCAACAAAAAUAGUCGAAUCUCCGCGACGGUGGAACAGAGAACGAGAAAGGAAGGAUAGCCGUCGAGAAAGAGGAGGAAUAAAGUUAUCGUAAUAUAUACACGCACACGUGCGACGACGUUCCGCGGCGUACAGUGGGGUCACGCAGCGAUACAGUGGUUCGGUGCAACUUGUCUUCUGCUCGUCUUGUGUGACGUAUCGCUCGAGACAAAUACGAUUCCCGUGAAGCGAAAAUAAAUUUGAGAUAAAUUUUCGGCCGAAUCGCGAGUAGCAAGUCACGAGAGAAGAAGAAACGAAACGUGGAAAGUGUCGAAUAGAAAAGUUUUUACCAAGAUCAGACAUUCGGAGCGCCCUUCGGCGUGACAGAUCGGUGCACCGAUCAGCUGUUCCAAACGUGGAAGCCUCGCAACGUCAGCCAUCGCUGUCAUCGUCGUGGAAUUGUUUCUCGAGUGAGAUUCAGAGUGGACGUAUCGACGGAGAACAUUCUCAUUCUCCGUACGCGUGUUUCGAGUCGACGUUCUCGAACCACCUGUUGACGAUUUACGAGGGAAAAUCGACGCGGUCUACGCGAUUGUCCGAGUCGUUCCGCCAUCGGGAGCGACGAGGGAUUCCCCUUGGAUCCUGGGAAAAGUGAAUAUACUCCCUUGGGCCGGAUGACGAAACAAAAAUCGAGAAAACGUGGAAAAUUAUUCUCGCCAUGGGUUCGAUAACAUUUCGCGGGAGAAGUGUCGCACGGACGCGUGUGGAAUCGGUGGCGGAACAUUGACAUGCAAAUUCGGAGCGAGUUUUUGUCGCAGGAAGUCGGUGUUAGCUGGCGCAUAAUGCGCCCGAUUAGGGAACCGAUAAAAGCAAUCCUGACGAAGCUCGACGGAGGAAUUUUACGGAGUUCGUGUGUGAUAUUUUCCAACAACUCUGCUGGUCGGUAUAGUUUAUUUUGAGCAUUAAUUCACGGACACGUAAACAAACGAAGAAAUAGUUUCCGUUCCGAAGAAGAAAAUAAAAUUGGAGCGUCGGAGGGGGUAGGCGUAGCGGAGAGAGAGAAACGUCGGCUGUUUUUCGGAGCGAGCGUUAUCGAGACGUUGUUAAUACUCGUUAUCGGUCGCUCGCAUCGCCAGUGACAGAGACUCGACGCGGAAAGGUUCGGAGGUCACGGAACCGUUGGACGAUAUGCGGCACGCAAACUCGUUUCGACGAGCAGAGAAUUUUGGCCCGCGGAACAAAGGGGCGCGCUCACGUCGACCGGGAGACCAAUCCCGAGUGAUAUGCUCGGGGGACACGGGAGCGUCGAUUCUAUUCCCGGCGUCUUUUUCUUCGACGUCGCGUUGAACGGGGAGAGUGCAAGCGCGGGAACUUCGAGUGGGUGAUAGCUAGUCAAGUGAUCGGAAGGGCAUUACGUUUUACGGGCAUCGUGGGCGGGUUCGUGUAUAAUAAGAGGCUUUCGAGGUAGACUUAAGUUUUUGUACAGUAAUGAAAGAAUAUUCUACACUGUUGAUCGACGACGGAUUACCAUUUCGUGGACCCGCGAGUUACGGUUACUGUGCACGCGUACGUACAUGAGUAUAGUACGAGUACGGUACAUCUAUACAUGUACAUGUGUACAAUAUAGCGUUUCUUUUCGACGUAGUACGUUUACUACGAACAUGGACACGGUGCAUCGAUCAAACUCUUUUUUUUUUAAGUAAUUCAGAGGUGCCCGUGUGUCGUUCUUCGAAAUAACUUUUCAAUCGACGUUCGAAGGGCCCAGGGUCGGCAGCCCUUGACGCCCAUGCCUUAUUUCGACCCAACCAACGGAUAGGAGUGCCAUUCAAAACCGUUCGACGCCUUGUACAUUUCGUUUCUGUUAUAUGCGGCAUCACGGGACCGAAAAUUGUUACGUUGCGGUGACAGAAACUCGGGAGAGGCAGGCGCCGCGACCGUUUCCGGAAAAGUGUGGAGGAAACGACGAAAGUGAAAGUGUCGCACGGCGUGUGUUUGGCGCGCGCGAAGAAAAUGACCUUCAAGUUUCGUUGAGGAUUUUCCAACGGAAUCGAAGGGAAGAAAACAUGGAUCUGUAACCGGGGGGUGGGUGAUUCGUCGAUCGAGGAAAAGAAUCGCGACAGUGUGUUAGUGAGGAUAUUAAAGUGACGCGAAGAAGUGAUAGACGGAGGGGCAUGGUGGGCCCCCACCAACCAGGGCCACAGGCCCGGGUGGCCCCCCUGUAAAAAGGAAAUCUCGCUAUCGUGCCGCUCGUGCUCCAUUAGACUGCCUGGAAUGAUGCAAAAAUUCGUGAAGAGGACGGCCGAGGAGUUGGAGCCAUCCGGUGGCGGUAGCGGUGACGCUGGGUUCGGGGAGCCCCCGGUGAAGCUGCAAUGCACGCAGGCGCAGCAUCAGCACCAGCAAGGUCCCGGAGGCGGCGGUGGGGGUGGGCCUCAUCACGGCCACGGUCAACACACGCCUGGAAACGGCGCGAAUUCGACGGGCCCGACUCACGGUGGCGGCGGCGGCGGUGGCGGAGGCGGUGGGAACGAAGGUCUGACCAAGUUCUCGGUGGAGAUCGUUCAGCAGCUGGAGUUCACCACGUCCGCUGCGAACUCUCAGGCCCAACAGAUAUCAACGAACGUGACCGUGAAAGCCUUGACGAACGCUUCGGUGAAGAGCGACCUGCUGAACGCCUCGUCGUCGCCAAAGUCGGGACCGGAUACGCCAGCGUCGCAGACGUCAAGGUCUCAAACCGGCGGUGGCGGUGGUCCUGGCAACGGUCCUGGCGGUGGAGGCGGUGGUCCACCUCCAGGAGGUGGCAUCGGUUGCGUGGACAUAGGUAACUUGGUGGAGUGCAAGCAAGAACCUGACAACGAGUUCGUUGACCUGGAGCAGUGCGCUGCCGCGCUGGAGAAAGACGCUGCAGCCAACGGCGCCGGGUUCCCCGGGUUCUCCGACUUCAUGGGAGACGAUACGGGCGACGAGAUCAUCACCUCCGACGCCUUCAAGGAUCUCAUUUCCGAGAUCUCCGAUUUCCAUCCGGAGUUCAUGAAGGAUUUCGGCUUCGAGGAGAAGAUACCGGUGGAAGCACUGGCGAACAACGCUGCGGUGGCGGCUGCCGCAGCCGCAGCAGCGAACAACAACAACAACAACAAUAACAACAACAGCAUCGGGACGAAUAACGGGCAGAUCAAGAUCGAGGACGACAAGGACUCGAUACAUCAGCAGCACGGGAACGCUAAUAACAACAGCGUGAACAACGGCACCGGGACGAACAACGGGAACGUGCCUGCUAAUUCCAGUCCAGGUGCACUUGGCUCGGCCCAGUACUCGCCUGCUAGAUUGCCUUAUUCGAGCCUGGAUUUCAAGUCUGAGAUGAGUCCCGCCGCCCAGACUUUGAAACAAAUGGCCGAGCAGCAUCAGCACAAGAGCCAACAGCUUGGUCUUGGUGGUUUCAACCCCAGCGCUGCCGCCGCAGCCAGAGGACCUACUGCUAGGUCUCCUUACGCGGAGUUCCCUCAAUUCGGUAGCACGCCUGACUAUCUUGGUAGCCCUGGCAGCAACGGACCACCGGGUGGACAGCCCCAAGCGACGACUGGCACCGGUUCUUAUCACAAAAACAACGGCGCGUCGGGAUUCCAGAGCCAGCAGACCAACGACAUGUUCGUCAGCUCCCAGACUCAAUUUGCUACGGGGUUGGCGGACAUGAAGAGACCACAGCCUGCCGGUGGCGGUAAACCGAGCAUGCUAGGUCCAAGCGGAGGAUAUAAGCAGCAGUAUUCGCCGUACGGCGGUAGUCCAGGAUCGAUGCCGAACCACGGGAGUCCCGGUUAUCCGCUUCCACCCAGAGGUUCCCAGGGAGCUGGACCCAAUCAAACCAGCUCCCAGGGACCCUUCACUAGCUCCACGCCGCCGAGACCUCCCUCGGGACCCGGCACUUCCUCCCUGCAAAUCAACCAGGUCCAGCAGCUACACAUCAACAAUCCAGGACAUCAGAUUCAGGUGUCCGCGGGUCAGCACAUGCAGCUCACCGGUGACCUGAAGCCUGGCGUGACCGUGGCUGCUCAACAGGGCAUGUACUUCAACCAGCAGCAGAGCCAGAAUCAGCCAGGACCUGGUGGCCAGACAGACACGUAUUGUUCUGUCUCGCAGUCCCAGACCAUCAACUUCACCCAGCAGAGCCUGAGGCAGCGAGCAGCAGCCGCUGCUGCUGGUGGUGUUCCCCAGCCCGCUGGUGGACCAGGUGCUCGCAGUCAUCCUCAGCAAGUGCCGCCUAAUCAAGUGGAUCAACAUCAGCACGCCAAGCUUCUGCAGCAGCAACAGCAACUGAUGCGCGCCCAGGUGAUGCAACAGCAACAGCACAUGGCUGGAGGAAUGGGAGGCGUGAGACCACCGCCUCCCGAAUACAAAGCGGCGGCUCAGGCCCAAAUGAUGCACGCUGGUAUCGGCAUGGGUCAGCAGCCAAGGUUUCCCAAUACCGGGCCUAUGCGAAGGGUUACGCAACAGCCUAUGCCACCUUCAGGUCCGAUGAUGAGGCCGCAAAUGGCGCAGCAGCAACAACAGACGUUGCACGCUGCCGGGGGCAACAUGUACAUGAGCAGUGGCGGUAUGGCCGCCAUUGGCGGGAUGCAUCAGAUGCAUCAGCGUCUCGGUUAUCCUAGGACUAAUAAUCAACGGCCGCCUAACGUCAGCGUCGGCCCGCCCGACGGCCUUGGGAAUAGCAUCGCGGGCCGUGGCGCUCAGCAAGAGUGGCGACACGUUCUGAUGCAGCAGCAGCAGGGCUUUCAAACACAGAUGCGAUCGCAAUUCAACCAACAAGGACACCAAGGUGGGUUCGCAAUGGGCGGUACGGGCGGAAUGCAAAUGAACGCCGCACAGAUGCAGCAUCAACAGCUGAUUCGGUCUCAGAGUGGAGGUAUUGCUGGCUCCGGUAUGGCCAACAGCACUCAGAUGCAGCAACUACUGUCGCAGCAACACCAGCAGCAGACAUUAGCCAUGCAGCAAAGUAAUAAUCAGAUGUCACUGCAGAUGCAAAUGUCGCAGUCCUCAUCAGUCAACUCUGUCAGCAGUACAGGCACGGGUUCACCUCUGCAUCCGCACCAACAGUACGGCGCAGGUAGUCCAGGUGUGCGCAGCCUGCCGCAGCAACAGCACACGCAACAAUCAACCGCGACGGAUCCGUCCGUGGCCGCCGCGGACUUCAGCCUCGAGUUUCUGGAGAACCUGCCAGCCGGGGACACGUCGAACUUCAGCGCUCAGGAGCUCCUGAAUUCCCUCGACUCCACGGCGAGCUUCAACCUCGAUAUUCUGUAAGGCCACGCCUCUCGCGGUCUAUUCGGGAAUCGCAUAUAACCAGGCCGGUUAGAAACGACGCGGACUAACGCCAAGGGGGAUCGAUCCACCUCCCGCGGCGGUGGACACACGCUCGCGACGAUAUCGACGGAGCUCAUCUGCUCCCCAUCGCGCAACUUCCUCCGUCGCGUAUAUCGUGCGUCGAUUCCUCGAGAUCGAUCGGAACGAAAUCCUCGCGUUCGAUGAGAUCGUCUCGCCCAGGGAACAAGAGGAAACCAAGAGUACGGCGAGUCUGGUUUGACUCGAUGGAAGAUUCGAUGGUCUGGUGUCGGGAGGGUGCUUGAUGGGAGAAGCAUAGAGGUCCCAUGGAAACUAGAGGGUGUAAAACGCCCUUAUGAAGCGUCGAGAACGUGGAGCAUUGAAGAAUCUUUUCUUAGGGUCACCAGAAAUUUUAGAACUUGGUACUUGUGGUCCUGUGGCAAUCAGAUCGCACAGGAAAAUCCCUAUGCAUUGAUUUGUGCAUGACGAGGUUGUACUAAGAGUGAUGAGUCGCUUGAGAGACCACUCGAGACUGAUUUAAAAAGAUCUAAAUGUUUCUUCCACCAACUGUUAUUAUGCAAUUGUUAAUUUUAAGUUGAGAAUGAAUUUAGCUCAGCAUUUCCAUGCUAAGCCACUUCCACUCUUAGCGGAAAAUCAGCAUUCAGUUACCUCGUUUUUGACACUAAACCACCCUGUUGACCCUCCACGAGUCAUGAAACACAUCCGCGGUGCUGUCCAGUGAUGUCCAGCGUUUUCAGGGGUGCUAGACCUUGUGGAACAGAACGCAAUGGUGUAUCGAAUUCGUGCACCGUGUAAAAUAGAUACGAUUAGUAAAAGUUUCCUCUGUCGAUCGUCUUGAGAAGCAAGGGCUCACCCAGACUAUCGACCUUUCGUUGCACGAUGGUAGGGGUCUGGUGGAUGUGAUAAAAAGCAUUAUCCUAUACUCGAGGAAUAGUCGACUAGGCGUACAUGCUCCAAUAGGGCUCCUGUACCUUUCAAGAGGAUCGUCAAUGUAACUCUCAUACAAGGAAAAGUCGACAGACUUUGUCCUAAGAUGCGUGUUCACGCGACAUCAAGGUCGUGGCAUGAAUUACAUCUUUAGUUGGUGUUCUCACAUAGUUUCAUGCGAUAAAUUAACCCUUUGCACUCGAGAAGUGACUCUCAAUCACAUCUUAACGUAAUGCGGUAACUUGAGGGUAACUCUCGGUCACCACCAGGUUUGACGCAGUAAAUCAACCAGCAAUAAUGUUUGUUUAGCUUUAAUUAUUUUGGAACUCGAAGUUUCAUAAAUAAAAUGAUUGUCGGUGAAGUAAAGGUGACCGGAUUCUCAAAUCUCAGAUUAGUUUGCGAUCGGGCUACAUCUUCAAAGUCAAUCUAAGCUUAGCAUUCGUGGCAAUAGAAUGAUAAGAAAGCAUCUUGAAUUGCUGGUAGAUAAAAAAAAGCCUCGAGUGUAAAGGGUUAAAUUAUUUACAGAGAGAAUGUAAGAAUUAGAAACGAAGAAAUUUAAAGUGGAGAAAAUAUGUGGAUCCUGAACGUAUGAAGGGAGUCUCCCGACGUUGUCUUCAAAAUGCCAUGAGAAAUCACACUCAAGUUGACUCUGAGACACCCAAGUCGCUACAUUGAUUGGAACGUCGUGACAACGCGAAUUAUGGUGUUCUCGACGACAAAUGUCGUGACAUUUGCCGUCACGCCAAUGAAAGCGUGACUUAACGCUUUACCUGUCGGUCCAUUUGCGGGAGCCUACCACGCAGGAAUGCGCGGGAUCAUUCAUUCCAUUCUGUAGCUUUUAAAUGAAAAUUGAAAACGGUAUUUUUCGUACUAAUAGGACCAACUAGCAUGCAUUAGAGUUUCCUUAAAUUGAAUAUUAUAAAUCGACGACCAAGAACAUAGUUACUUCCUUCGGAUCUCGCGCAGAUUACAAUUCGAUGUCCUGCUGUGAGAAGAUGGCCCCUGGCGACGUCCAUAAAUUGGGUCACUCUAAAAUUGCAAAUCGAAGGGCCAUUGUAUCUCAUUACUGAGGCUACAGUCUCUUUAGGAUUAAUGAGGUCUAACGGUCCUUCGAUCUGCAAUCUUCUCGAAGCAGGACUGUACGCAAAAUUCAUCAAGCCAACUUGCAUUUUACUUUAAACGUAAGUUCUGGCGUUUAUUGCAUUAAACGAGACAAACGAUAUUAUACCUAACAUCUGAGUUAUAGACUGUACUCUGUUCUUACGUUACUUGGAGUUUCACGUCAACAGUCUAUAGCAAUCUUAAGCUAGUAAGGAGUUAGUGCAGGUUAAGUGGUGUCACGUGAACACGUAUUUUAAGAGAUUGAACCCCCCAGGUGAACGAAUCCCAGGCGAGAACGAUCGUCGUUCGUCAGCGACGUUGAAUGGAUGUGUUUGGGCAACCGGUUCGACGUCGCUCCUCUACAGACAGUAACCGGUCGUAGCGCAUUUUCGGCAGCUAUUCUCUAGGCUGCCGACUAUUCUUUCUAGGCAAUCACGUUUUAGGUAAAAAUUGAAUUUCUUAACGAUAACCGAUCCGAGGUAGCGGAGACGAGAACCAAGAGAGCGUGGUCUCGACUGCGUGGGAAAUCAAGAGUCACCCGAGAAGCAAACGGAAUUUCUGUCCUUCGUGUUUCUCUUUUUUUUUUGUAGAAGUCACAUUUGAACUUUGGUUUCUCUCGUCCCUCCUCUACGAAUUAUGGUAGCCUAUGGAGGCUGGCCAGGUGGGGGAUGAUCGACGACACCGAUAUAGCGUCUUUGACGGGCACUUCGAAAGGAACGAUGAAAUCCUCUUGAUUUUUCACGCGUCAGUCCGACGAACACUUAGGUACAAUCGACUAUCGGUCCUACACGAUCGAUUAUAACGACGUGUCAUCGACAACGGAGGUCGCAUGUUGCCGUUGCCCUCGAACGGAUCGGUUCGACCUUAGAGGUUUGGUUCACGGCUAAACAAUGUUAUUAAUAACGGCUAGAACGUAGUGUAUUUAAUGAUGCCACGACGGCGUAUCUACAAUUAAACAGAAAGUCAAUUAUGAGAUAUAUAUUCGAUUCGGUGAAUUCCGUGGCCUGUCGUGGCGGGGGCUCGAACCCCUUAUUUGAUCGGUCACGCGGUAGGGUUCGCGUCGUGUUUGACGAUGAAGAAGAGAGAAUGUGAGAGACAGAGAGAGAGAGAGAGAGAGAGAGAGAGAGAGAGAGAGAGAGAGAGACCCUUCCUAAGAAUGCGGUGUUAGUGUUGCUACCGGGGAUAAAUUAAAGAUAAAUCUUGACUGUACAUAGGUAUGCAAGCUAUAAGGAGAAAGUUUCGAGACGAUAAGCUCGCAAAGUUUAGCCGAUUAAAAUUAAGAAAACCGUAUGAUAUAGGUGAAUAUUAUAAUGAUAAUAGUAAUUGAUGAUAACAGAGCGAAUGGCCAGGAGAAAUUGGGGGGAAAAGGACUGCCAGGGAGCGAAUGACGACGCAUGAAGCGAACACAUGCUUUUUUUCUGGGCGACAGAGCACAUUUCCUCGAUUCGAGUGUGUAUUUAUUCAGUUUAGUUACGGAGAAUGUGCCGCGUCGCCGCGCCGAAGUUGCACACAAAUAAUCACGGUGAGGUGCGAGGAGCCCGUUCUUGGCGCGAUGAACCCGUCAUUCGUGGGAUUGGUUUCCUAAGAAUAUCAAAAAAUGUAUCUGUGACGUUCAGCGUUUAAAUAUUCCCUUCUUCGCUAGGAAAUAUUUCAUUCUAUUAGGGUGAAUCGAAAGUUUCUUUUCCAAUUUUUCUUCCUUCUUUUUUAACGAAUGUUUAAAGUGAAUAAAAUUAUUCAAUCCCUCCAGGGAUGAAAUGUUUAAAGUAAAGUAAAAUUGGGGAACCAGUAAACAUACCUGGAAGCCCUAUAGAUUGAUAAAAUUAAAAAUACACAUUUGUUAGCACUUAAUACACAAAAGAGCUACGAAAUAACGUAAAACCAAUUUAGCUUAAUCAUUCGGUGAAAAAAAAAGAACAUAGAAGGAAGAAAAAUCGGAGAAAACCGUUGGUCCACCCUAAUAUAAUUCAGAUUCAGGUUGAAUAACUAACGGAUGAACGAAACGUGUUUAUUUUGAUUCGUUAUUCGAAUUCUUGUCUAUCGAAUCUUGUCUAUCUCUGCUUUCGAAAUUAUGGUCGGAUCUUCCACGCUGUACCAGCUUUCCUCUGUCGCGAACAGAUGGCGCUCGAAGGCAGAAGAUGUUGUGGUGGGGGUAACCAAGCGGUAUUGUGAGGGUAGCUCCUCGGCAACCCCGAGAGACCAAUUCACUUCGAAUCGAUAAAUGUUUCUUCGCUUCAAAUUGUUUUCAGACCUUUCCAGCAAAGAGCUUUCCUUAACUAUUAACGAUACGCUUAGUCCAUCGAUUUUUCGAAAGGACGAGUUCAUCGUUGCCCCAGACGGCGGAUCUGCGACUAAUCUUCCAAAUAGUGAUACAUUCCAUAGAUAAAGAAAAAAAACGAGUAGGAAUCCACGGUUUGUCUGAUCAAAACUUUUCUUUCUAAAAUGUGAGAUGGAGGAGAGAGGUCGGGGCAGAUUAAGAUUUUUUUUUCAUUUCGAUCGACAAUGGUAAUGGCGCGAGAAUGUUUGAAACGAGUGAACACAACGCGCAUUUGCGCGGACACACCCGUUAAAGGAGUCAAAGAAACGAGGGAUACGAAUGAAGACAAAAGUAUCCUCGACCGUUCGCCGAAAGUGUGCACGAUUAAUUCCGAUUACGGAGUUUCGCUUGUCACGAUACAUAAGUAUAAUUAUACUCGCGCUCGAGAGACAGAGUGAAAGUGAGAGAGUGAGACAAAGAUCGAGAGAGAGAGUAUGUGUGUUUGUCGCGCGAAAUUAGAAGAGUAUAUAAUCGUUUUUUUUUCUUUUUUUUUUU